AUGCAGGCCAUCAAAUGUGUUGUGGUGGGCGAUGGGGCGGUGGGUAAGACAUGUCUACUCAUCAGCUACACCACCAAUGCCUUCCCUGGAGAGUACAUCCCCACAGUCUUUGACAACUACUCAGCAAAUGUGAUGGUGGAUGGUAAACCAGUAAACCUGGGCCUCUGGGAUACAGCUGGACAGGAGGACUAUGACAGGCUUCGCCCCCUGUCCUACCCUCAGACGGAUGUGUUCCUGAUAUGCUUCUCCCUGGUGAGCCCUGCCUCCUUUGAGAACGUCCGAGCCAAGUGGUAUCCAGAGGUUCGUCACCACUGCCCAAAUACACCCAUCAUCCUAGUGGGCACCAAGCUGGACCUGCGAGACGACAAGGACGCUAUUGAAAGGCUGAGAGACAAAAAACUGUCUCCCAUCACCUACCCACAGGGCCUGGCCAUGGCCAGAGAGAUAGGUUCAGUCAAGUACCUGGAGUGCUCAGCUCUGACUCAGCGGGGGCUGAAGACAGUCUUUGAUGAGGCCAUCCGCGCUGUCCUUUGCCCCCCACCCAUCAAAAAGAGAGGCAAGAAGUGCCCAGUGUUCUGAGGAGGAGGAGCUGGAACACGAAGCCACCAGGAUGUCAUUAUUUUACAAUCCAACAUUAGGGUACUGCCAAGCGGGAACUGCUCUCAAACACAACGGCAAUCUACCAUCUGUACAGAAGGAGUUUAUCUUAAUUGGUCAGAAGCUGG